CAAUUCAACCACUACGCUGUGGCGCACAGAGCAGAGGCGACGCGCUCGAAGCAACAAGGUCCAAGGAGCGACACUCCGGUGCGCUCAUCUCUCCUGAAGCCAGCUCAACUUUUGUCUCAGAGAGCUGUUCUCUUUUGAAGAUGUUCAACCAAGACGCGUUAUACUUAGAUCGGUCCUGCCUACGCGAAGCCGCUUCCUCAUAGACUUAACAUAGUUUUUUGUUUCUUCUUUCCGCGCUGACCAAGACCUAACCCGAAUUGCAGCUGGUGAGAAUAUGUGCGAGAGAUCGGCGAACGGCAUGGGCUGUCUUUGGUCCCUCAAGGAGAAGCAGCGUGGAUUAAACACGAAUUAAUGUGGAAUUUAUCGGAGCCCCAAGGUGGAACGACGACCGGACACAGCGCUUCUUCGUCAGGGACUGACUGAUCAUGCUCGGCUUGGUCCGCUCUCUCAUGGUACUGCUGCUCGCUGAAGUGUUGCUGGAAGGAGCUACGGGACUUAUCCCCGAGGUCGGCCGGAGGAAAUACAGCGAAUCCGGGAAGCAGACCCCAGAGCGGUCGGAGAGCUUCCUCAACGAGUUUGAGCUUCGGCUUCUCAAUAUGUUUGGACUGAGGCGCAAGCCGACCCCGAGCAAGCAAGCAGUGGUGCCGCAGUACAUGGUGGACCUUUACCGCAUGCACUCAGCAAACGGAGACCACAGCACCAAACGGCCCAAGAGCAUGGGGAAACACGCAGAGAGAGCCGCCAGCAAGGCCAACACGAUUAGAAGCUUUCACCAUGAAGAAUCUAUGGAGGCCCUGGCCAGGCUGAAAGGCAAAACGACCCAGCAGUUCUUCUUCAACCUCACUACAAUCCCUGAUGAGGAGCUCAUCACCUCUGCAGAGCUCCGCGUCUACAGGGAUCAGGUCAUGGGAGCUGCAUCGCCCAACAGCAACAGCUCCAGAAACAGCAGCGCGACUGCAGGUGGCCUCCAUCGUAUCAACAUUUUUGAGCUAUUCGGAGUUCCUGCCACUGAAGGUAGGGAACCUCUGGCUCGUCUGCUGGACACUCGGCUUGUGCAGGACUCUUUGAGCCGCUGGGAGAGCUUUGACGUCAGCCCCGCUGUGUCCCAGUGGACCUCUGGGAAAGGUCACAACCAUGGAUUCAUGGUGGAGGUGCUUCACCCAGAGGAGGGGGACAUGGAAGGGAAGCAUAGCAGGAAGCCUAGUAGGCAUGUCAGGGUGAGCCGGUCCCUGCAGCAGGACCAGGACUCGUGGCCUCAGGCCCGGCCUCUGCUGGUGACGUAUGGUCAUGACGGCCGCGGUGACUCUGUACUUCACACACGGGAAAAACGUCAGGCGGCACUCCGCAAACAGCGCAGGAAGCACCAGCACAAGGCCAGCUGCAAGAGGCAUGCCCUGUAUGUGGACUUCAGUGAUGUGGGUUGGAACGAGUGGAUAGUGGCGCCCCCUGGCUACGCCGCCUUUUAUUGCCAAGGGGAAUGUCCGUUCCCACUGGCAGACCACCUCAAUUCUACCAAUCACGCCAUUGUUCAGACGCUGGUCAACUCAGUCAACUCGAACAUCCCCAGAGCCUGUUGCGUACCCACUGACCUCAGCCCCAUCUCCCUGCUCUACCUGGAUGAAUACGAGAAAGUCAUCCUGAAAAACUACCAGGAUAUGGUGGUGGAGGGCUGUGGUUGCCGGUGAGAGACUGACAGUGGUAUGAAUAGAAAGAGAAAGUGGACAAAGAGACUGAAAGAGACAUCAGAGGUUAUUAUGGACACCCGGUUUCCCAAUGAAGACGUUUAUUUAUAUGAAAGACAAACAGAGCUAUUGUGGAAGAAGAAAACUAUAUAUGAAUAUAUUUAUGUCUACGUAAA